AUGUCUGAAAUAGAAAAUAAAUCAAAAAAAUCCCGUACAGGUUAUUUAACAUCACCAAUAAAUAUAAAUGCUGCUAAUCAUCUUUCAUAUUUAUUUCAAACAGCACAUACAGUUUUAUUAACAACAGCGGAUUUUAAUUUGGUACGACAUCUUGUUAAACAAAUUCGUGUACAUGCUCGAAAGAAACAAAUUCGUUUACAUCCAGAAAUGAAACGUUUACUUUGUUCAUGUUGUAAUAUGAUUUUAUUAUCACCAUUAACUGCGAAUAUUCGUUUUAAUAAACACAAAACAGGUAUUAUUGUAACAUGUUCAACAUGUGGUCGUUUUCGUCAUUAUCCUAAAGAUAAAUCUUGGGCAACAGAACAUGGUGCUCAUACACCAAGCGAUUGGCUUUUUAAUAAUUCUUCAUUGGAAAAAAAGAAUUAA